CCCUUGUCUAUUGAUAACGGGGACUGAUACAUAUUGUACUUACAUGUACAAAGCGCCAAUACCCAUGUUGUACGUUCGCUGGUGAGGAACUCUAAUAAGCGAAUGGUCAACAUUUAGGUCAUAUAGCUUGGACUUUACAACAGAAAGACGUCAUCUAGACACGCACUGGACAACCACUUAAAACAUUCAAGAAAAUUAACAACAGCAAGACAAAACGGAAUGGACUGAGUGAAAUCUCAAGUACCACUCUCUGUCGCAACAAGGAAAGAGGAGCAGACUGGACGGCAACAGUUGUGUCAAAAUUAAUCAGACAGAUUUAAGACGGAAAUAUUAACAGCAAUGUAGACAAUCAGAAAGGGUUAUUCACAAAAUAUUAUAAAUAUAAGACAGGCGGCAAAGUUUUGUGGAUAUACAUUUUGACGUCACAAAAACAUUUAAGGAUUUUCACCAUUAGGAUGGUCACAUCAGCCUUAGUAUAUUUUCUAUACUUCAUGUAAUUAUUCUUAAAAUCAUUGUGUGUACGUAUUGCUGUGUCAAACAUUUGACCACUCACUUUGGUAUACUUGACAACAAGUUUGUGUGUGGGUAUGGUCAGCCUCUGGACUAUGCGGUAUCUGUUAAUCGUCCUUCUUGCUGAAUUUGCGGCUGUGCCGCAACCUGCCUGCUGCCCAGUACUGGACAAAAAUGAUACAUCCAUUGACCAACACAUUACGUCACUAGAAGCAGAAUGGAAACAGAAACUUCAGUCGUUUGAGAACUCCUUGCUGCUGAGCGUUGAAAGAAGAAGCCUAGCGUUGGCAGGUGUACUCGUGGCUAUAUCUAUGGUUAUGCUACUGAUAGGCACCUGUUUCGUGUCGUGUAGAUCAGACGAGGCACUAGCUCAGUACGAACCUUUAUCCCAGGAAGAAUGGGAUAACCUAUCGACCAGUAUAAUCAACGGCGACCAAGUGGAUUUUAAAAAUCUUCUUUAUUCUGCAGCAUUCCGAGAAUCACCGGAAACGUAGUAGAAAAUGGACAUAUCUUCCACUUAUUCCGUCUUUGCGUAUUGCAGAGUUAUCUGCUCUUAUGAGCAGGUAUUGAUUGUUACGUCAUUUGUUUGUGAGAGUUACCUCAUCAAUGUUUGAGAAAACGACGUAAUUUUUUCACACAAACCAAUGACGUAACAAUCAAUACCUGCUCCCAAGAGAAGAUAACUCUGCAAUACGCAAAGACAGAAUAGUCGUAUGUUCAUGCAUUGUUUUAAAACACGGACACUUUUGAUACUUUAAGUACUAUCACAGUCAUAUAUAUUUUAAUUUAUUAUUUCGAUUCAAAAGCAAUAGAGACUGACUAUGAAAAGUUAGUGGUUAACUACAAACUGAAUGUACUCUGGUUUAUUAUCUGUUUUAGUUUUUGCAUUCUCGAAAUUCCAUGGGGCUACGAUCUCUUACGUUCCCUGCACCAUUGGCAUAUGACACGAUAGUGAAUAUCGAGGGCUCUGCACGCGACAUCUUGAGGACGAUACUUAUAGACUAGUUAGAUCACUUUAUGUACAUCUGAAGAAUCGCACGGCAGCAUAACGGUAAAAUUGAAGUCGAGUGUUGCUCCUCAUUUAAUUUCAAAGAACUGGUAUCAACAUAUAGCGAUUGAUAAAAAAAAAUUGGCCUGAAACCCAAUCAUAUUAAAAACAUAUCUUUGAUUCCACUCCGGUACUCCAGUCUACGUUUGACUGCAACGUAGAGUAUAGAAGUGGAAUCAAAGAUCUGGUUUAAAUCAGAUUGGCCUGAAACCGAUCAAAUAGCUUACUGCUUGCCUUCGAUAGUGUCAUAAUAUAUUCUAGGGGUGCUGAGAACAUACAUGAGCGUAACACUUGGAAUUUCAAGGUUUUUUUUUUUUUUUUUUUUUUUUUUUUUUAUAUAUUAAAUAUUUUUAGAAGUACCCUGGAGUUUUAACGAGGCUUGUAUAUAUAGUGCAAUGGAUAUUAUACUAAUACAUGUUUAUGGAUGCAGUUGUUCCUCAGGGCAAAAUCAAACAAAAUUCGCUCAAUGUUGAUGUUUAUAGUUGGUAAAUGAACAUGUUUUAAACCUGAUAAUAUUGAUGUAGUGUUAAAUGAUAUUGCCUGUUUCGUUGAUGUACUUCUUAUUAUAACCAUAUAUCCUUACAUUCUACUUUUCUUGAAAGAUCGGCUUCAAUUGAAAUUUAAAAGUCUCAGCACGUAAAAUGUUAACAUUUACUACCGAAAUAGUAAUAAAGUCGUUUCACUCUUAGUUUGAACCUUUUCUAAUUUACUGUCUUAAAGUUAAUAUCUAGUCAGCUGUUAUCAUCGGUCACCCUAAUUCUGCGCUUCAUUUGAUUAAAAAUAUAAUUCAUAUGUAUUGAUAAGGUAAAUCAAAUUAAGUUCAAUUCAAUUUAUUCCAAAAGCAGUAUAGCUUAACAUACUUGUGUUAAACAUAUUUAAUGAAUUAUAUACAAGAUACCGGAGGUUGUGGUACCUUUUAUGAAUUAAUUAGACUAUAUCAACACAACGAAACCUUGUGGCCCGUGUGGUGUUUUGAAGGUAUUACAGCUCUUUGGAAAGUUCUCUUGUUCUGUUAACGCUUUAUUUAACCAUGUUAAAUAUAUUACAAUGAUAAAAAGCAUGAGGAUAAAUAGUUACCAAUGCGAAAUACGUUCCUAAGGGAGGUAACCCCAGUAGACUUGCAAUAUCGCCAAGUGGAUAACCUAUUUAUUCGUAGACUUCAAAACACCAGCCAAAGAAUUCAGAUCGUUACCAGUAAAACAUUAAUUAUGUUAUACAUAUACAUAUAUGUUACGUGUGAAAACAUUGCCAAAUCGAUUUUUAUAAGAAUAUUAUUGAAUCGUUCUUUUUUUAAAUAAACUACAUAACGUCUU